AUUUAAAGCUUCCGUCUUUAAUGAUUCUACAUCUCCAUUUCUUUUAUCACUGCGGCAGUGCUCUCUCAAAGCUGGCUGUCUCUUUUCCUUUCUGAUUCUGGGUUUUGUGUGUGUGGGUUUGUCAAGAAGAAGAAGGAGGAGAGAUGGGGAGGACUCCUUGCUGCGACAAAGAUGAAGUGAAAAAGGGAGCUUGGAGCUCUGAGGAAGACCAAAUUCUGUUUGAUUACAUCAACAAGCAUGGCCAUGGUAGCUGGCGUACCCUUCCUAAGAAUGCAGGUCUUCUCCGAUGUGGAAAGAGUUGUCGAUUGAGGUGGACAAACUACCUCCGCCCCGACAUCAAAAGAGGCCCUUUCACCCCUGAUGAAGAAGCCACCAUUGUUAGGCUCCAAGGCGAGCUUGGAAACAAGUGGGCAGCCAUAGCAUCCCAUAUGCCAGGAAGAACAGACAAUGAGAUCAAGAACUUCUGGAACACUCACCUCAAGAAACGCCUCUCAACUCCCCCACCUGCUCUACCAAGCACCAACAUCAAGAUCGAGGGGGAUUCCUCUUCCCCGCUUGCAACUACUACUCGUCACAUUGCGCAAUGGGAGAGCACCAGGGUGGAAGCCGAGGCUCGCCUCUCCUCCUUGCGGCCAGGACAACAACAACAACAACAACAGCAGCAGCAACACAAGUUCGACCAGGACUACUAUCUCAAACUAUGGAACUCAGACAUCGGCAAAUCGUUUAGAGACAUCAACAAGGUCCAGAAAGAUGGCAGGGGAGGCGGUGGCUGCGAGAGCUCGACUUCACAAGCAUCUUCCCUCACGAAAUUGGGGUCUGGGUCUGUCGAUGAUGACACUCUCGCUACUACUACCCCCACUACUACUGUGACGAAGACUUGUAGUGCAGCAGCCACCAUCAAGAGAAGCGCUUCUAGCGAGGCAAUCCACCACCAGCACGAGGUCGAGGGAGGGUUGUGCUACUACUACGAGGGAAUGGAGGAGACGAAACCGUGUCAUCUUGAUGUGAUGAUGAGUAGCUCGGAUUCCAUCACUUCGACGACGAACGAAUUCACGAAUUACUCGGACACGGCGUUGAAGCAACUGCUGGAUAUCCCUGGUGGGAGUGGCAUGGAUUUCCUGGAGGACGAGAGCGAUGACUUCAUUAACUUCCUUGACCUCAGAUGCGUCUGAGAAGAGAAUCUGAUGUCAAAAAAAAGCUCACAUCUAAUCAACCCUAUGUCUCCUUUUUUGUUUAACCUUAUUAAGCUAGCGGUUUAGGUUCUUAACUGCGGUUUAGCCAUGAAUCAGGCUCCCCCCGCCACAUUUGAUCUCUGAGAAGACAGGAACAGCGGAAAUGGGAAAGCUGUUGGGGUGUGAAGAAAACAGAGCACCCCUGUUUUGUUCCAAACAGAAUGUCUGUCUUUUCUUUUUUGUUUUUUUUUUUCCCCAUCUUGUUGUAAGAUGUUGAAAAUGUGGCGGAAAGGUUGAAAACUUUGUGAAUUAAGGGUUCAUUGAAGAGUAAGGAGAUCCAGAACUAGAAUGCAAGUUAUAUAAGAAAAUUCAUCAGUUUCGAGUUCGCUCAAUUCAGGAAGAAGUAACUGUUAUAGUUGAAAGGUUGAAAUACCU